CUGAAGGAAGCUAAAAGUUGGAAAGGAACCGGGGGGGCAGAAAUCUUCCGGACUGGAUGGAACAGAGGCCGAUGCUGUGAAGUUAGCACUUUGCUGGUGUGGACUUGCUGAUGGAGAUCCAACUGGUUACAGUGAAGGAAGAGACAGGACCAGUAACGCCCACCGUCUGCCCCCUAUGCCAGAAAGACCUUGCUGGUCCCCAGGGGCAGGUCCCGCAAUGCCAGGGGUGCAAAGGCUUCAUUUUAGAGCCCCAGAGCUGGUUGCCUGGCAACACAGAGGCCCUGGCCCUCCCGUCCGAGAGGCCCUACAGCUGCUCCUUCUGCCCCAAGCGCUUCAAGAGGGCCUCGGACCGGCGCGAUCAUGAGCGGGUGCACACAGGAGAAAGGCCGUACGGAUGUGGCAUCUGUGGCAAGCGCUUUACGCAGAGCUCAGUGCUCUCUGGCCACAUGCGCAUUCAUACUGGGGAGCGGCCCUUCCGCUGCGGGGUCUGCUUUAAGUCUUUCAACAAUGGCUCUAACUUCCGAAAGCACCAGCGUAUCCAUGGCGAACCGUUUGAUUACAGCGAUAAAAGGGAUGAUGGGAAAGACUGUGGCCUUCUUCCUGGGCUGAAGUGGAGCCAACCGGCUGAAGGGCAAGAUGGCUGCAAUCUAAGCCACGGCCUCCUUUCAAGACAAAAUGGCUGCCAUAUCAUCAAAGAACUGAGGGAAGGUGAGAACAAGAGGGACCGAGACCCCAAAGGGAAGCAAAACAAUCCUCACAAUAGUAGGCUACAGCAAGAUGGCAAUUACAGUAAUAGCCUAAGGCAAACUGGUGAUGGUGUGGACCAUUUUAAACGAAUGGGACCAAGGCAAGAUGAUGCUAAUUGGGGCGCUAACCUUGAAAUGAGGCAAGGUAACCAAGGAGGUAUUGGCAUUAAGGGUAUGAGGCAGGCAGGUGAAAGCAAAGGUCAUGCUGAUGGCCUUGGAGAAAAUGGUGACUGUAGCCAUGGCCAAGGGGUGACUCAAAAUGGUCACAGCUUCAGGCGGCUGAAAUAUGUUAGCGGCGAUAAUCACGCUAAAGGCCUGAGGCAAAAUAGAGCAGGGGGAAGCCACACUCAGGGAGAACAGAAGCAAUGCACGGACAGCCACGGUGGGAGGUUACAGCCAGAUGGCAGUGGCUGCAGAAAAGGCCUUUUGCUAGUCAGUGGCAACAGGGCCUAUAUUCACAAGCCGAGUCAAGAGAGCGGAGUCAGGGGCUAUUUAGUAAGGAGGCCAAACGGAGGCUACCUCAAAGGAUUGAAGCAUAGCAGUGGGGAGAGUGUCGAUGUGGAUAUGAGGCAGAAAGGGGGAAGCCAUGUCGGUGGACUGAAUCAAAGCAGGGACAUCAGUGUCUCGGAGCUAAGACAAAAUGGCAGGCACGGAGAUGCUGCCAAUGGCCUGAGACAAAAUGGCACUGGCCACUUCAGAGAGCUGAGACAAGAUGGUGGCAGCAACAAGGAGAAGCAGGUGGGCUUUCCGGUGUGCAUCCCAGAAAAGAUGAAUGUUCUUGGAAGAAAAGUGUCUUCUUGGACCGGUCCUGACAGGGGCAAUGCUCUGGCCUGGGAAGAGCCCAGUAUGGGGCUGACAAGAGAAAGGGGUGAAUUUGAAGGAUGCUGUCCCAUAGACAGUGUUUCUUCCUGGGAACUGGAGAGUCCUGAGCCAUGUUCUCUGCCUUACAAUAUUUCUGCAUCCCCCAGCAAGCACUCCUUACAAGACCAGUUAGGAAGCACCACUCAGCACUGGGAAGAAGAGGGCAUCCCUACCCCUUGCUUCCCUUUCCAAGAACCUGAGCCCUACGAUCAGCACUCCCAGUCAUCAUUCGAUUCCAGGCCCUUCCUGUGCUUUGCGUGCCCCAAGCAGUUCCGUCGUGCCACAGAUCUGAAGGAGCACCUGCGGGUACACACGGGUGAAAGGCCCUUUGGCUGCGGGGUCUGUGGCAAGCGGUUCACGCAGAGCUCGGCCCUAGCCACUCACCGGAGACUGCACACUGGGGAGAAGCCCUUUGAGUGCGCUGUCUGCUGCCGCCGUUUCAAUAACUCUUCCAACUUUGCCAAGCACCGCCGGCUUCAUGGGCAGGAGGGCACGAGACGUGGUGGUAAAGCAAUGGAGAAAGAAUUAUGGAGUGCCAAGCCACAAUGACUUUUUAGGAGGGAGUCCUCCAUGGGGAGACGGAACACUGUAGCUAUGGGCAGAACUGUGGAUCCUACUCCACCACUGCUGUAGUGGGUGCUGAAUUCAGUGUCCUAAGAAUCUCAUUGUUUACCUUUUUAGAAAACAGCAAGCUUCUAGUCCCUAUGAUGUGGUUUGAUGUUUUAUGAGCAAGCCUCAGGCUUCUCUCCUAGCACUUCCUGAUUAUCAACAAAUACGAGACUGCCUGUAAACCAGACCUGGAGAUUACAAAUUGUUGUUUUUAAUUUCAGUUUGUGGGAUGAGUUGUGUUAACCAGGAAUGGGCAGAAAGUAACUCUCUAGACAUCAGCUCCCAGAAGCCACUGCCAGCCUGGCCAAUGGUCAGAAAUGCUGGGAGGUGAAGUCCAAAAGACCUGGAGAACUGCUUUCUGACCAUUCCUGGGGUAAACCAUAGUUUGCCAAGAACCAGGAAUUGUGGAAGGAAACUGGAAUAUCUGGGGUGGAUGAGAAAGUGUGCAAGUCUGAGGCACAUUCAUAUAACACCAAACCAUAGUUUGUUGUUUUAUCUGAAUUAAGCCUAUUUUAGGGCUUCUUUUUGUUUGGAAUUAACCUGUGAAUAAAAUAACUUCAUUUUUGGUUUGGCGCUAUAUCUCAACAGAGCUAAUGAAGAGAGAUCUGAAAAUAUGUGGCUAAUGACUGGUCAAAACCUUGAAAUGGGGCAAUGGGUGGAGGGGAACCUAGGCAAAAUUUCUAGUAGCCACUGCCUUGUAUAGGCGUCCCCUCCUUCCUACUAAGAGGGGGGAAAUAUAUUAUAUGAAGUGCGCAAGUUAUCUCCAAAUUUCUUAAUUUGUGUAGUUUUACACAAUUGCUAGAAUUUGUGUGGUUUGGGCCACUUAUCUGGGCAUAAGCCACAUUGAACUCAAUUGGACUUGCUUCUGACUAGACAUAUAUAGGAUUGUGCUGUUAGACACCAAAAAUUGAACUAUGUUGGCACAAAAUUGGGUUUUCUUUAGCAGAAUAUGCAUGGCCCUGUUUGUAGCAACCACCAUCCAUCCAUUUUUCAGUGUGUCCCCACCCUCAAGAGGGUAUAUUUAAAAUGAUUU